AUGACCUCAUACUCUCUGUCGAGGAAGGGAACCAUGACUCCCGCGGAGACGGUGUCAACUCCGGGAACGAGUGUGGCCAGCCAGAACGGACUUUCACGGCCCGGGACGCCCCCCAAGCCCACGAUGACGGCUGAGGAGAGGAAGCAGGAAGCUCUCUUGGAAAGGCGUAAGCAGGUCGUCGCCUUGGCCAGCGAACACACAGAGUUGAUGACAUAUGGACAAAAGCGCAUGUGGUUCCUAACCCACUACGUUGAGGAUCCGACGACAUUCAACAUCUCCUUCAUGGCAAAGUUACGAGGUAAGCUUCGCAUCAAGGACAUGGCCAAGGCCGUCGAAUCGGUGUCCCAGCGCCACGAAAGCCUGCGAACUAGAUUCUACUGGUCCGACGAUGAUGAGAAGAGACCCAUGCAGGGCAUUCUUUCCAAGCCAGUCGUGCGUCUCGAGACGGCCCAAAUCGCCAAUGAAGGAGAGGCAGAGACGGAACACCUGGCCAUGUACAAGCAUCAGUGGGACUUAGGCGAUUGGGCCGCAGUCCGACUCCGUCUGCUCUCUGUCUCGGACAUGGAGCACUAUAUGCUCAUGGGUUCUCACCACAUAUCACUCGACGGUCACAGCUUCACGAUCAUGAUGAUGGACAUUGAGCGCGCAUACAACAGUCCCAAUAAACGCAUCCCUCAGCUUCUUGACUUAAGUCAGGCUCGCGCCUUUUCCAAGAAGCAGCGUAUCACGUACGAGACCGGCACGCUCAAGCCCUCAAUCGAGGCCUACCGCAAGAUGCUCCCAGCCAAGGACCUUGUGCGUCCCAUUGACCUACUUCCCUUUGCUAAGACCCAUAUUCGCCCUCCACUCGACUCAUAUGAUACGCACAUUGCCCAGCGGCUUCUCCCGGCCCUGGUCGUCGCUAAGCUGAACCAAAUUGCGCGUGGAUGCCGAGCCACUUCGUUCCACGCCUACCUUGCCGGUCUGCAAUCGCUAUUGAUGGGUAUGCUGCCCGCUGACACAACAGACAAGGUCAUGAUCGGUAUGGCAGACGCCAACCGCAUUGACAGCAAUUUCAUGGGCAGUGUUGGCAAUUUCCUCAACGUGUUCCCUCUGCGCUUUGACCGUCCCGCCGGGCGCCAGACAUUCGGCGAGGCAGUCGCUGACGCCCGUGUAAAGGCGUACGGCGCGUUGGCCCAUUCUGCUCUGCCAUUCGACCAAAUGCUGGACGAGCUGGCAGUGCCACGUUCCAACUCGUGGUCCCCUGUUUUCCAAAUCUUUGUGGACUACCGCCUGGUCCCUAGCCAUGACGGCCAGAGGAGCUGGGCCGGGUGCAAGGUGAGUGAUGAGGCGUGGCACACUGCAAAGAGCGGAUACGAUAUUGUCCUGGAGAUCAAGGAGGAUUCUGGAGAGACCUCCCUACGUAUUCACGUCCAAAAGGCCUUGUAUGAUCAGAAUGCGGCUGAGCUGUUGUUGAAUAGCUACGUCAACCUACUGUCCCAAGCGGCCAAGCAGGGUGACAGGAUCGAGGUUGGAAAGCUGGACAAGUGGGACCAGGAUGAUAUCAGGAAGGCAUUGGAUAUUGGACAAGGCUCCGACAUGAAGCUGGAAUGGCCCGCGACCGUCGCCCAUCGCAUCGACGACAUGACUAUGCAACAUCCCGACUCGGUCGCCAUCAAAGACGGCAUGGGGGCUGUCCUGACGUACGCAGCCAUGGAUCAGCGGGUUGAAAGCAUCGCCAGCGCUAUCCGAGAUCAGCUGUCCACAAACGACGAUAGGCAGCAAGUUGUUGCGGUGUUCCAGAUGCCGACGGCCGACUUUAUCUGCUCUCUGCUCGCGAUUCAUCGUACUGGUGCUAUUUACUUACCCUUAAACCUUCGAAAUGGUACCGAUCGUCUGGCAAGCAAUGUCAAAACAGCUAUGCCAGUGGCCAUUUUGACCGAUGAUGAGACCGCCUACCGGACUAGUGAACUUGGUGCGAGCAGCAAUGUGGCCUUCAUCAAUGUUAAUACGCAGCCCAUUCGUACUGCUCUUCCCCCCAAGUCAAGAGAGGUAAAUGCCACCGCCGAUGCAGCCGCCUAUAUCAUCUUCACCAGUGGUUCCACCGAUGAAGCCAAAGGUAUCGUUGUCUCGCACGCUAACCUGCGCGCUAACCUCGAAGGUUACCAUCGGGAAUGGGACGUGGGGAACCUCGCCAACGUGAUGCUCCAACAGGCCGCAUUUAGCUUCGACGCCUCCCUGCUGCAAAUAUACGCCCCUUUGACCACCGGAGGCUGCCUACUUGUCGUCCCAGCUGAUGCCCGUGGUGACCCCCUGGAGGUCACCCGCCUUAUGGCCGAGCAUGGUGUUACGAUGACCUAA